AUGUCUUACCAACCAAGAUCUUCAAAUCACAACGAAAGCGACGACCACCACGACAACCGUCGGCUAUACAGCCCUUACCAAGAUCUUAGAGUCCCCGCACAAACCCUAUACAAACUUUUCACAUCUCCUGAAUACCUCUUUCAAGAGGAAUCCAUCGCUCAACGACGUUCAUGGGGCGAAAACCUGACAUACUACACUGGCAUCAGUUACCUCAGCGGCACAGUAGUUGGCGCCGGGAAGGGUUUAGUAAAGGGCGUGAAGGCUUCUGAGGCUAGAGACACCAUGAAACUUAGGGUUAAUCGGAUCUUAAAUGCUUCUGGACAUGCAGUUCGGACGAUCGGCAACCGUGUGGGUGUAAUCGGACUGGUGUACGCUGUUAUGGAGAGCGUGAUGGUUAAGGCUAGGGAUGCAGAUGAUAUUAUUAACAGCGUGGAGGCAGGAUUAGCGACUGGAGCGCUUUACAAGGCGGCAGCGGGCCCUAGGUCGGUGCCUGUUGCCGGAGCUAUUGGUGGAAUAGCGUUUUGGUCUUUUGAGAUUUCCAAAGAGAACAAGUUUCAUGCUGAGAAAAUACAUCAAUGGAAGUAG